AUGACCUCUGACUCUAGCUCGGUGCAUGUUGCGCGUUGGGCUUACAAGUGUUUGUGUUCAUUCAAACGCAACGCAAAUUAACCCACCCAUGAUCCGCGUCUCGUGGCCAGUCCAUGGCCAGCUGUCAGGCCAGGAUCACGGCCGUCUCUCCAGCAAAGGUUCACUGAAUGAAUUGACAGUGACUCAUCAUUGAUUCAUUACUUGACUCACACUCGUGUGACUCGACUGAUGCCGUUUCUAGGCGUCAUGCGUGCCGUCAAAGCGGCAGCGGUUUCAGGGAGCACCUUAACCUGUGAGCAACUCUGAUUCGUUUUAAGAGACGCCAGGGAGGAUGGACAAAGCGGAAGGGAGCUGCAAUAGCACGGAUCCCCAUGAACUCCCUCAGGUCGCAUCGGGGAGUCGACGAGCGGCCAAGAGAGGGAAAUACCCGCGGGCGAAGCGCACGCCUUGGUGGAUGAAGGUAAAAGGAAAAAGAAAAGCAAAAGGAGGAUGUGAGAGAUUCAUUGUUCAGAAGAAGCAAGAGGAGCGAAUGAAGAGGAAGGCCAACAGCGGGGGAGAUGAGCCUCAGGCAGACCAGGAGGAGGAACAACAAAAGGAGGAGGACGGUCCGCCAUCGAAGCGGCAGAAGAAGUGGCAAGGGUUUCAGGUAGUGCAGAAGCGACAAGCAGAUCCGGUUCGUUGACGCACAUUCGUUGGUACCUUACUCCUCCUGGCAGAAAGUCGAGGUUGGUCCAUCAAGGCCGCGAUGGCGAAAAUUCCCAAUGGCCCUCGUGCUAGGCUAUGUGGGCACCGGUCAGUCAGCCAUGCAGCCAGUGCCUUCGUUCGUUGCCGUCUGAACGACUGCAUUCUUCCUCUGUGUCCCAUGUGAAUGCUCAGAGUAUCACGGCCUGCAAAAGUGAGAGGCAGGAUCAGAGGACGGACGAUUGACUAGAUGACGAACACGCAUUGUAUGUCUGUGUGUAGGCAGGUGGAUGCGUCGACCAACACAGAAAGGGUGCGAACUAUCGAGGGCGUCCUGGAGAAGUGCCUACACGAGUACAGAUUCGCCCUAAGUUAAAGACACGCCCCACCCUGGUAUCUGCGUGUCAGGUGUGAGGGCAUCGCGGAUGACGACUUCGGCUACCUGCAGAAGGCAAGAAGACAGCGAGUGGCAACAGUUGCUGUCGGUUAACGUCACAUACAUCACGGCAAUUUUGCUGUCUGUAGAUCAAGUGGACGCGCGUCGGUCGCACUGACAAGGGCGUCCACGCAGGUGGGGAGGCUGCCAUACGCAUCCACAUGACAGGUGUGAUAGAUUCUCUUGCCCGUUUGUCUGCAGCGUGCCAAGUGGUCGGUCUGCUGUUGCGCCUUCCUCUAACGGACGAGGAGAAGGCCGAAAGAGACGAAAGAUACCGCAAACACAAAGGUCAGUCGAAAACCACUUGUUGGCAAUGGCAGGCAGGCCAGCCUCCUUUUGACAGUUCUCACUUCUGUAUGUCGACUGAGAAGAGAGAGAAUAUGGGGAGGGAGAGGGAAGCCUCGCUGGCUGCGGGUGGUCGAAAGCACGUGACAUCACCCACCGAAACGCGGGGAACACUCACGGACCAAAAGCAUUGUUCCCGUUCUCUUGUGUGCAGAGUUGGCCGAUGGAGUGAGUGACGAGCGAACAAAGAACGGAGGCGACGGGCAGGUUGACGAGCAAGCCGAGCCAGAAGAGGAGCAGAACGAAUCCAACGAGACAAAGAUGGCCAGGAUUGCGGUCAGGAAAGAGCUCUUCUUGAAGCGACUCAACGACAAGCUGCCCCCGGACAUGAAGGCUUUAGGUCAGACGGACAGAGGAUCAUGGAUGAGUGAGUGUUCCGUUUGUUUGCUCCAUCCACGUAACCGUCUUCCGUCAGGUCUGUUCAAGGUCACGAAGGGCUUCGACGCCCGCGUGCAGUGUUUGAGACGCCGGUACAUGUAUGUCUUUCCUGGCUACGCGCUGGCGCCGGUGACGGUCAAGUCGACCUACAGGGCAGCAUAUGAGGGCACAGGUGACCUCCCUGCCGCACAGAAUGACCUGGAUGACGCACAAGACGAGACUGAGGAUAGCUACAAGCCCCCCGUGUGGAUAGACAACACCCAGGAGAACUUCGAGCCGACGGACGAGGACGUGGUAUGCGAUGGCACGGACAAAUACUGUUUUGUUUCUCCCACUGACACAUAAUAUUGUUUCUCUGCGCUAGUAGGCACGUUUCGAGAGGAUCAUGAAGGAGUACGAGGGGACGCACGACUUUUACAAUUUCACGUCGAGAAUAGAGGCAAGCGACCCGUCGACCAAACGAUAUAUCGAGAAAAUAUCGGUAAGGCGGGUUCUUCAACAGAACGUGGUAGCCGGUGCGUGGCUGUGUUCUUCUCAGGUCCAUCGCGAGACAAUCGAAGGUCAGUCGUUCCUCUGCGUGACCCUUGUUGGGCAGUCGUUCCUGUUGAACCAAAUACGGAAGCUCAUCGGUCAGGCAGGAGAAAGGCAUACACAUCACACAAACGCACAUGUUCGGCGAACGCGUGCGGCAGGUUUGGCAUUGGAAGUAAUCCGCGGUUCUGCUGCUAGUGAUUCGAUCCGACUGAGUCUGUCGACCAAGACCAAGAUGUUCAUCCACCUGGCGCCCGGAGAGGGCCUGUUCCUCGAAAGGGUACUUGCAUCCAGCAAAGCACCCCCACUUUCAGUUUCAAACCUGCGGGUGCACUGCAGGCAUUCUACGAAGGUUAUAAUCGUCGGCUUGUAGGCGAAGGCACGUCGGAACCAGUUCAAUGGGAAAAUCUGGAGGUAUCGCCACGACAGUCUCCCGUGGACAUCAUUCGUGACACGUGUUUCCUAUUUCUGUCUGUGUGUGGACACCAGCCUGCAAUCGAAGCUUUCAAGAGGGACACGAUCUUCAAAGAGAUCGCCAAGGCGGCGCGGGAUGGAGCGUAAGCAAGCAUCAGACACGUGACCCUGGACAGCUCCUCCUUUUCUGGUGGUGCUCAGGUGGCAUCACUGGCUGGAGGAGAUCAAUUGGCAUCCGUUUUUCUCGGAAAAUUACGGGCCAGUCUCGAGUAUGCGAUCGAGGCAGAGAGAGGCAGACAAGGGAAACGAUAAGUAGCAGGUCAGUCAGUACGUGGGCGUCUGUGAGUGUCUCAAGAGAGUGUUUUGGCUUCCUGUUUCUGAAUUGUUUGACGCAUCGUCGUGUGGAA